AUGGUUUCAGGUGUUUGUAUAUACCUGUGCCUCUGUGUAUGUCGGCAGAAGGGCUUUGAUCUUUCCUCACUCUCCUCCUCCAGUCUGCUUCCCACCUACCCCCCUCCAUCUCACCUCCCUUCCACCCUGCUCCCCUCCCCUCCCCCACCUCCACGAUGCUUUCAUCAUCCCAUCUCUCCCCACCUCACCCCACCCUGCCCCCCCUCUCUCCCCUUGAAACGGAACGGCCCGGGCAGGCUGGAUGCUUUGACGCCGAUUAGCUAUUCACUUGGAGUGUGUGAGUGA